UACAUCAUAAUACUAAACAUGAGUUCUCGCAAAAACACUAAAAAAUAAAGGCGCAGAAUUCAUAAUUUUAUCAAUCGUUUGUGAACGAUAAAAUACUGUUCGGACUGACGCUUGUUUAUUAUGUACUGCUAUUAUUUGUAAGGUUAUGUACUCGUGACACAAAAUUCUCAGAUGAUUACCUGCCAAACAGUAAAACGGUAGAACAAAUACAUCUUCAAGUACGAUUUAAUGAAGAUUAUUAAUGGCAGCGAUAGAUAAAGUUAAAAUUGUUGUUGUUGGUGAUUCUGGUGUUGGAAAAACGUCACUGACACACUUAAUAUGUCAGCAACAGCCUAUUUGUAAUCCUUCAUGGACAAUAGGCUGUUCAGUAGAAGUUAAAUUACAUGAAUAUAAGGAAGGAACCCCUAAUCAGAGGAGAUAUUUUGUUGAAUUAUGGGACAUUGGAGGCAGUCAAAACCAUAAAAAUACAAGAUCCGUUUUUUAUAAUUCCACAAAUGGUAUAAUAUUGGUCCAUGAUUUAACUAACAGAAAGUCACAACAAAAUCUCCAAAAGUGGCUUGAACAAGUUUUAUGUAAGGACGGCAGUUAUAUGAAAUCAAAACCAUUUGAUGACUUUGAUCCUGAAAAAUUUGUGGGAUCUACUCAGAUACCAAUCCUGGUUAUUGGUACCAAACUAGACUUGGUUGCAGAAGUAAGAUCAAAUGUCCAUAGACGUUCCUCAACUAUUGCAGAAGAAUGUGGUGCAGAUGAAAUAUUUUUGGAUUGUCGUCAAGUAAAGUCGUUAGCUGCUGGUUCUAGUUCAUCUGUAAAAUUAAGCCGAUUUUUCGAUAAAGUUGUUGAAAGACGUUAUUAUUCGUCGAAAGAAGGAAUUAGUCAUGACAAAAGAAGAUUACCAUUAUAUACUCCUCAAUAUAGUACCAAAAUUUAUCACAACGAUUAAAUACUUGUAAAACCAUCUAAUUUUCUGCAAUAUUAAUCGGUGCUGCCACUCUUUAUAAAUAAUGAAGUAAAAACAGUUGCAUAUUUGAAAAAUUUAAUAAAGAAAAGAUAAAAUAGA